UUACCAUAGCGGAAGAUCUCGAAUGCUAUUUAAACCCGAGAGCAUUGCUGAAUGAAGUGAAUAGCCUCAAAGUUGAAACAUCUCAAUAUCGCUCGACAAGCUAGUGUUUGUUAACCACUGUAUACCACAAUCAAUUGUGUAUUACACAAGUAUUUUUAAUUCUGUUCUUAACUUAUUAAUCCAACGAAGGAUGUAUGGUUAUUUGGUGAUAUAUUUUGCAACAAUUAUUUGUCUACAGUUAUACGUUACAGUCGAUUGCCGGCUCCAUUCGGAUCACAACGUGGAAUGUGGAAUUUAUCCACAGAUUGUUACAGUGGACGGCGGAGGAUUGCCGUAUUUCGUGGAACUAAAUCAAUGCCAGGGUGCUGUCGAAGGUUUUGACCCCGCAAUAAAAAACUGCACGUUCCAUUCAUUUAAAAAUGUGAGCGUCAAAAUCACAACCCAUGGAGGUGAAAAAACUGUCGUUUUAAAAAACCACACAAGUUGUAAAGGAACGUGCGCAAAGCCAUGUCCGACAAAAUGGCACAACAGGGACCCGUUAACGUGUGCAUGCAAAUGUAACCAUGCUCAAAUACCGAAUGGCCACGAGUGUCCAAAGGAUCACGCUUGGGACAAAAAUAACUGCAACUGUCGAUGUGAUUUGAAAAGGACCCCGAAGAAAAAAGUGAACUUAGAAGAAUGCAAGCUCGAGUGUAAACGGGUUCGUGAAUGUCAAUCAGGUUGGGCUUUCAACAAGGACGACUGUAGAUGUUACCGAACCCGUGCUGCGGCGUCAAGUAGUGAAGGAUCCGACAGCAGCAAUCAGGGGAAGAUCUUAGCAGCAGUGGUUCUUGGAGAGUUUUUUUUUCUUUUUUUUAUCUUUGAUUUCAUUUUGUACUUGAAGGGAACAGGAUUUAUGUACAAUGUUAUAAACAAAUGUAAAAGAAAUCCACGUGAUAAGUCAACUCCACAUGGGGAGCAAGCUCGCUUAAAUCAUGAAGAGAAUGAUAAUAAUAUCCCUGUCGGUGUCCGUGUGGACAGGAAUGGCGCUUCUCAUGCUCAACAGAAAGUUAACCCGACGUGAAUAUUGCAGUAUUUUAUCAAAUUCUGACAGAAAGACAGAAGAAAAGAAAAGUACAAAGCAUGCUCGACUGUAGUUUGUAGUCAUUCACACGAACCAUUGUUUAGUGAAAGGAUGUGUAUAUUCAUCGUCGUAUCAUAUUUGUAGACUGUAGUAUAACGCUGCUGUUGUAGUCAUGACUUGAAUGGUUCUCUUGUAUAAAUUUCUACCUUCAGUGGUCCAAAUAGUGAAGUUAAAAUCAAUGUUCUAAAGAAAUUUAAGGGACGAUACGUCAAAAUUAUUUCUCUAGAGCAUUGAUUUUCAUUUUAAGAUUACUUAUUCACCCAACUGCUGUUCAUAUUAGUCAGAAACGUUCAAAGUGAAAUGGAGUAACUACUAUCUAUUGUACAUAGUGAAACAUAAUAAUGAGUGGUCUAGCCAAAAUUGGUGUUGGUUUUUCGUCGAGCAAGACAGCAAUGUUGGCGUAGGAAAUUUGCAUUAGGACUGGUUCUUCAGCGAAAUCGACCCAAACACGUUUAAUACCUGCUGUCACCUGACGUUAACCAACCAUAUUUUCGGAAAGAUCACGUCGAUAGCCACUUUUCUGAGCUUAGGACACAUAAGUGAUUCAUUUUAAGUGAUUAAUUGUCUCCUGAUGUGAUCCUGGAUGUAGUAUUUCAAACGGUUUUGUAAAAUAUUAAGUAUGGAAAGUAUGGAAAGUUUAGAUUAACGACAUAACUAUGAACUAUAAAUAACACGACUAAUUUUGUGUUGGUAAUGUCGACCAGGUAGCCAUUGCAUAGUUUAUUAUUGCAAUAAGAGAGACUAAAAAAUAGAUAGAAUAAAGUCUAAAAUAUUUAUUAUCCAUGUAUAUUAUUUAAUUCAUUAACACUGUUGCGAGAACAAUUGCUGUGUGUAUGUAGUUUGUGGUACAUUAGUGACGUAGAAUAAAAUAUAUUU